GAACUAGUUUCCUGCAUCGACCCUUCUGUGGGACUAAGUGAAGAACAGAAAGAGUUUCAGAAAGUGGCCUUUGACUUUGCUACCCGAGAGAUGGCUCCAAAUAUGGCAGAGUGGGACCAAAAGGAGCUGUUCCCAGUGGAUGUGAUGCGGAAAGCAGCCCAGCUAGGCUUUGGUGGGGUCUACAUACGAACAGAUGUGGGUGGGUCUGGACUAUCACGGCUUGAUACUUCAAUCAUCUUUGAAGCCUUGGCUACCGGCUGCACCAGCACCACAGCCUACAUAAGCAUCCACAACAUGUGCGUCUGGAUGAUUGACACAUUUGGAAAUGAGGAGCAGAGGCACACAUUCUGCCCUCCACUCUGCACCAUGGAGAAGUUUGCUUCCUACUGCCUCACUGAACCAGGUGGUGGAAGUGAUGCUGCAUCCCUUUUGACCUCAGCUAAACGACAAGGAGAUCAUUACAUCCUUAAUGGUUCCAAGGCCUUCAUUAGUGGUGCUGGUGAGUCGGACAUCUAUGUGGUCAUGUGUCGAACCGGAGGACCCGGCCCCAAAGGCAUCUCAUGUAUAGUUGUUGAGAAAGGGACCCCUGGCCUCAGCUUUGGCAAGAAAGAGAAAAAGGUGGGGUGGAACUCUCAGCCAACUCGAGCCGUGAUCUUUGAAGACUGUGCUGUCCCCGUGGCCAACAGAAUUGGGAAUGAAGGGCAGGGCUUCCUCAUAGCCAUGAAAGGACUGAACGGAGGGAGAAUCAAUGUUGCCUCCUGCUCUCUGGGGGCUGCUCAUGCUUCAGUCAUCCUCACCCGAAACCAUCUUAAUAUCCGCAAGCAGUUUGGAGAACGUCUGGCCAGUAACCAGUAUCUGCAGUUCAAACUGGCUGAUAUGGCAGCAAGACUGGUGGCCUCACGGCUUAUGAUCCGCCAUGCAGCUGUGGCCCUGCAGGAAGAGUGGGAGGAUGCCGUGGCCCUGUGUUCCAUGGCUAAACUCUUUGCUACAGAUGAAUGCUUUGCUAUUUGCAACCAGGCUUUACAGAUGCAUGGAGGAUAUGGCUACUUGAAAGACUAUGCUGUUCAGCAGUACGUGAGGGACUCCAGGGUUCACCAAAUCCUAGAAGGUAGCAAUGAAGUGAUGAGGAUGCUUAUUUCUCGAAGCCUGCUUCAAGAAUAG